UUAAUCUAAGUACAGACGCUUAAUUGCUAAGGCCAAGCCCCGUUUAUGGGAGGGAGGUUUCUUGGACGUGCACUGAUCAGUCAUUGCAGACCAGAGCUCAGGGACUCAUCAGACUCAUCUCUACCAGUCAAGCAACAGGACCUUCAGGACUGAGCAGAGGAAGCAGCCGCCAUGCCGAAACAGAUCCACAUAUCCCAGGCUAUCGCCGCCACCUUUGUCGUCUUGACUGUCUCCGCCAUCGCCGGCCUCGUCACCAUGAUCAUCAUGUACCAAAGUGAACUCUCUACGAUGAAUCCAACACCUCCUCCGACCAUCCCGUCCACCACCACGGCGCCGCCGCCCGUCAUGCGGCUGCCGAAGAACCUCAUACCUGAGAGCUACGAGGUUGUCCUCUGGCCUCACCUCUACACCCAAAUCACUGAGGUGAUCAACGUCACCAGUCCCAACCAGACGAUGCUCUUCACUGGAAACUCCACCGUUAACUUCCACUGUGUCCAGAGGACCAGCACCAUCUACCUCCACAGCAUGGACCUGAAUGUUUCUGACGCCAAGGUGAAGGACAGAGACAAAAAUCUGAACAUCGCUGUUACCUCAAUGUACUAUCACGAAGACCAAAGCGACUUUCUCGUGGUGGAGUUGAACAGUGCGUUGAUGGCAGAAGGAAACUACAGUUUGUUUCUGUCUUUUAAUGGAGAGAUAUCAGAAGCUCUCGAUGGGCUGUAUGUGAGCUCCUAUAUGGAAGGUGAUCCAGAUGAAGAGAGAUUCCUUGCCGCCACCAAUAUUGAGCCAACAUUGGCCAGGAGAGUGUUUCCUUGUUUCGAUGAGCCAGAAAUGAAGGCUGUGUUUUAUGUGACCAUCAUCCACAGGCAACACACAGUAGCUCUGGGAAAUGCAGACAUAUACUCCACUAACAGUCACGAUGGUUGGGAAUACACUCGUUUUAAUCCAACACCGAGGAUGUCAACAUACUUGUUUGCCUUCACCGUUUCAGAGUUUAAGAACUCAGUCGCCUCCGCCCAUGAACGUGUGAAAAUUAAGACUUUUGCUCGUCCUGAGGCUAUUAAAGCCAAACACGUCGAUUACGCAGCCAACAUCACUGGAAAGAUCCUCACCUUCUACGAGAAACUUUUUGGAAUAGAUUACACACAGCAAAAGCUAGAUCAAAUUGCACUGCCAGACUUAAAUCCUGCAGCGAUGGAAAACUGGGGGCUGAUCACAUACCAGGAGGGAGGCCUGCUCUAUGAGGAAGGAGUGUCCUCUUUUUUACACAAGGAAGUGAUCGCUACUCUCAUCGCUCAUGAACUCGCACAUCAGUGGUUUGGAAAUCUGGUGACGAUGAAAUGGUGGAAUGAAAUCUGGCUGAACGAGGGCUUCGCCACCUACAUGUCCUACUUUGCAGUGGAUCACGUUGAGCCUUCAUUCAAUGUAAAAGACACAUUUGUCUUGAGUGACCUCCACACGGCAUUUGAGGAGGAUGCUCUGGCCUCGUCCCAUCCUCUCAACCCUCCGCCGCAAGAUAUCCAGACAACGUUUGAGAUCAUCGAGAUGUUUGAUCCUAUAACCUACAGUAAGGGGGCAAUUGUGCUGAGAAUGCUGGCAGACGUCGUGGAUGAGAGAGUUUUCAACAAAGGGAUCAGGAUGUACCUCCGGGACUUUAGCUUCAAAAACACUGACGAGAGCAAUCUCUGGGAUUAUAUACAAAAGGCUGUAACUGAGGAUGGCGGUCACACCGAGGUUGCCAAAGUGAUGGACACCUGGACCAAUCAAAUUGGUUAUCCUGUCAUCACCAUCAACACGACCAAUGGGGAGAUCUACCAGAAGCGCUUCCUCUUCAAUGACACUUCUGAAUCCAGUCUUUGGUGGGAGGUCCCGAUCAGAGUCAUGUCCAAUACAACUGGAACUCAAUUGGCCUGGUUAAGGACCCCCGGCCCAGAAAUAAUGGACAAAUUCCUCUCAAAGCACGGAGGGUGGAUCCUGGCAAACGUCAACUGCACUGGAUACUACAGAGUCAAUUACAACCCGGAGAACUGGGACGCACUCCUGACUCAGCUGGAAACAAACCCACAUCGGAUCCCACUGAUGAACAGAGGGCAGCUGGUUGAUGACGCAUUUAACUUGGCAAGGGCCAAACUUCUCAACGUGGCUCUGGCUCUGAAUUCAACCCGCUUCCUUCGCAGUGAGAAAGCGUACCUUCCCUGGGAGUCAGCUGUUAGAAACCUCAAGUACUUUGUCCUCAUGUUUGACCGUACUGAGGUGUAUGGACCCAUGCAGGCGUACCUCCGGGAACAGGUUAGGGAACUGUACGGCUUCUUCAAGAACUACACAGAGCAUUCACAAGUCCCAGAGGACCACUCUUUACAGCACAACCAGAUCAUCGCCAUAGAGGUGGCAUGUUCCAAUGGACUCCCAGAAUGCGUGAUGAUGGUGCAACAGAUGUUUGCUCACUGGAUGAACAACACCAACAUAAUCCACCCCAACCUGCGGUCUGUCAUCUACUGUCAAGCUGUGGCUUAUGGUGGGAAGGCAGAGUGGGAGUUUGCCUGGAAGAAGUAUCAGAGUUCGAGCGACAUCUCAGAGAAAGAGCAGCUCCGCAAAGCUCUGUCCUGCACCAAGACGAUCUGGCUGCUCAACAGAUACCUGGAGUACACCUUGGACCCUGAGAAGAUACGUCUGAUGGAUGUUGCUUCCACUAUAAACUACAUAAGUGAGAACGUGGCGGGGCAGGCGCUGGCCUGGAACUUUGUCAGAGGACACUGGGAAUAUGUCAGUCAGGGGGAUGCAGCCAUGGUGAUUGAGGGAGUGACCAGCAGGUUCUCGACACAGUUUGAACUAGAGGAGCUGGAGCGGUUUGCCACUGACUAUGCUCUGGGUUCUGCUACCAGGGCGGUGUACCGGGCCAUAGAGCAAACCCAAGUCAACAUCGAGUGGGUCGGCGAGAACAAAGACGUUAUACUAGAGUGGUUUGAAAGACAAUUGUCUUCGUAGAGUGAAAAAAAAAAAAAA